ACGCAGCGGUCUAUUUAUAGCUUAGGAUAUCCACCAUAAGAUAUUCAUUUUGUAUCAACAUUCUGAUAAAUAUCGGUCUUUUUAUUUGAUUCUCGUCCGAAAAGCGGCAUUAAAAAGUACAGCUAGCCAAGAUGGGCGACUGGGAGAUUUUGUACUACAAUGUCCCGUUUGCCGGGAGAGCGGAAUUUAUUCGUCUUGUUUUUGAGGAAGCAGGGGUACCAUACACAGAACCAAUGAAAACAUACGAGGAGGUCCUAGAAACCAUCAUGCGCAAUGGCAUCGGGGGGUUCCCUGUGUUACACCCCCCUGUUCUUAGACGGGGUAAUUUCCACCUUGGACAGACGCCCGUUAUUUGUAAAUAUCUUGGAGAACAAUUUGGACUUGUUCCUAAACUGGAAGAGGAAAAGGUGCAAGCGGAACAAGUGAACAUCACCAUACAUGACUUUGUGGCCGAAGGACGACUGGCUUUUCACGGCAAGCAUUGGAUUGGUUCUUAUCACGAUCAAAAGGAAGAAACACAGCCGUAUAUUGAUUGGUUCGUCAAAGAGAGGCUACCAAAAUGGCUGAAACAUUUUGAAGCUGUUCUGAAGUAUAAUAACGGUGGUCAAGGAUUUUGUUUUGGAGCGGACGUGACAUACGUAGACCUGGCUCUACUUCAGUGCCUCCGCGGGUGUGAAUCUUCCUAUUCCAAGGCGUAUGAAUCUGCCGAUUACUGCCCCCUUCUUAAGGCUUUCAAGGCGCGCAUGGAGGCUCGACCCAAACUAGCAGCCUACUAUAAAUCGGAGAGAUAUGCAAAACACCCUCAAGACACCAACAGUAUGAUGUAGGAGCUCGGUCGAACAUUUUCGUACAUGUAUCCACGAUUCACAACUGUAUAUUAAUUAUGUUGGAUUGCAUUCAUUCGUCUAAUUUGGUUGUAUUUCAUUAGAUACAUAAAGAGAGUAUUAUUAAAGAUAAGAACACGUGUUAAA